AUGCGGUGGCGAAUUUUCAUAUUAGCCUGUCUCCUACUAAAGGGGCUGGCUCGAACGGAGGAUGUCGAGGUUGUAGAGGCGAUUCCAGGUGAGGACAACCGGAACGAUAAUUCAGCGUUGAAUCGACAGGACAACGACAUAAACAGCUCGGAUCAAUUGGCGUUAGAAUCGUUAGGGGAGAAGGAUGCUGGCGGUAACCAUUAUAAGCCGGGUGGUCUCAGGGGCCAUCCCCUUCCACUUCCACCGAGUCGCGGUGGCCUGGGAUUACCGCAUCCGAGACCACAUCAUAACGUCGCUUAUCACGGUCCGCCGCCACCUUUGCCACCUUCCAAGACACCGUCCGAGGCGAUCGACAAGAUCUACACAACGGGCGGCGGUAUUAACACAGCGGUAGGCGCGGAACCGUGGCCGGCACCCACGCCCGACAUGCCGAAGAUCAUUUCAUUGGACGUGAAGUGCGAGAAAAAUCUGAUGAAAGUUUACCUAGGCUUCGACAAACCGUUCUACGGUAUAGUCUUCAGCAAAGGCCAUUACAGCAAUGUUAAUUGUGUGCACUUGCCGGCAGGUUUAGGUCGUACCUCGGUUAACUUCGAGAUUAGUAUUCACGCGUGUGGCACAGCUGGAAAUACGGAGAAUGGUUUAUACGGUUACGGCGCCGAAUCCGGGUCGGGGACGUACUUCGAAAAUAUAAUCGUGGUGCAAUACGAUCCGCAAGUUCAGGAAGUUUGGGACCAGGCGCGCAAGCUACGUUGCACGUGGCACGACUUGUACGAGAAGUCUGUUACGUUCCGUCCGUUCCCGGUCGACAUGCUGGACGUGGUUAGAGCUGACUUUGCCGGCGACAACGUCGGUUGUUGGAUGCAAAUACAGGUCGGCAAAGGUCCAUGGGCUUCGGAGGUCUCCGGUCUUGUUAAGAUCGGUCAAACGAUGACGAUGGUACUCGCGAUAAAGGACGACGACUCUAAGUUCGAUAUGCUCGUGAGAAACUGUAUGGCUCACGACGGCAAACGAGCCCCUAUACAAUUGGUAGACCAGAGAGGUUGUAUCACCAGGCCCAAGCUUAUGUCCCGGUUCACGAAGAUUAAAAACUUCGGCGCUUCAGCGUCCGUCCUCUCCUAUGCACAUUUCCAGGCGUUCAAAUUCCCGGACUCGAUGGAGGUACACUUUCAAUGCACCAUACAGAUCUGUCGAUAUCAAUGUCCGGAGCAAUGCUCCGAGUCCCCUUUGCUACUGGAAUCUCAAGGUCUUUUGGAGAAUCAUCAUCAUCCUCCUUCUAGUGGCCAUCCUGAUUCCAGUUACGGCCUACCACCUCCUAUUCCGCUUCCUUUGGAGGCUUAUUUACAGGCGGCCGCCGGACGUCCACGGGACGAGAGGCGAAGGAAAUCUCGAGAAAUAGUGCCGACACCGCAGAAAGCGGUCGGUGUUAAUCGGAUAAUACGCGUGGUCUCUACAGGUGACCUGACGUUCUCCAUCGACGAGUCCAACAAUGGUGAAACAAACGGUCCGACAAUGGUGUUUCCCGUACGGAACGAGAAUACCGCGAACGCGGCUAUGAUUUGCAUGACUACACCAGGUUUUGUCGUCACUCUAAUAGUACUUCUUGCCGUGUUACUGUCCUCCUGUAUACUUUCCACCUACCUCUGUCUACGCCUAAGACCGUUCUCAGGAAAAGUUAGGAAGACCGCGACGUAUUAUAACGGGGAGCAAAACAUGCCUAAAAAGUCGACGAGGACGUGUUUCUACUCGUAG